AUGGCACCUGGAAUGUCCUUGUCCUCGGUGAAUGCCAUCAUCAUCCUUAACAUCGACGACGGCUCGAGGAUAUUCGCGAAAUACUACAAUGCACCCCACCAUGCUCCCACAGCUUCAUCAACGACACAUCACCAACCUAGCGGACCGUUCGCGGAUGUCAAGUCGCAGAAGACCUUCGAGAAGGGUCUAUUAGACAAGACGGCAAAGCAGACCGGCGAUAUCAUUCUCUACGAUAAUCGGAUCGUGUUAUAUAAGAUGGAGUCCGACGUGAUGAUGUAUGUCGUUGGUGGUGUGGAUGAGAACGAGGUCCUCUUAUACAAUGUCAUCUUGGCCCUAAGAGAUUCGCUACACCUCCUAUUUAAGCAAUCGGUUGAUAAGCGAACGAUAAUCGAGAAUUACGAUCUAGUCUCACUGGCGAUCGACGAGAUCGUGGAUGACGGUAUCAUCUUAGAGACCGACCCGACCAUCAUCGUACAGAGAGUUAGCAAGGCGCCGACGCAGGAUGUUAAUCUCAGCCGUAUCGACCUCAGUGAACAAGGAGUAAAUAAUUUGGCGCAAUUAGGAAAAGCCAAAUUGACCGAUUGGUUAAGGCAAGGCUUGUAA